UAAAUGAGCGUCAGCUGGAGGAAGUGGUUCUGAGAAGAUAACUGUUGUUGAGCUCCCUCGUUCUUCUUCCUUGCUUUUCUUUUCCUUAAUUUUUUCGAUCUUCGUUUCUGUUGUCCUCGACCUUCAGAUUGUUCCUCCCAGAACUUGUAUUGGAGGGUUCGCUCUUCUUUCAGCUCUUUCUCUCUCUGUCUCUCUCUCUUCGUGGGAGAAGAAUUCGGGCAGACAGAUCUAAAUUUACAAGUUUAAGUAAAUGGAAGAAAGGUCGACCGUUGGUGUCCCCGUUCCCCCUUCAUUACCUUCUCAAGAAGAUCCAAAUCUCCAUUUAGCAACACCUGCUGUUCCUUUAACUAAUGGUGCAAAAAUGCACGAGGAAGCUGUUGUUAAAGAAUAUGAGGCAUCAUCAUCCUCACAAGCAGUGCCUGGUAUCGCAGCAGCGGAUCUUGAUGAAACAAAGUCGUCAUCACCUAUGGUGGAAGCAAAGCCUUUAGUCGAGGAACUUACCACAGAAAGGUCAGAUUUAACUGGCAUUAUACUGACUGAGGCUUCAGAUGAUGAUAAGCAUGAGAAAAAAACUGAGAUGCUAAAACCUGGAAAGGUAGGAGAUGAUAGUCUUUUGUCAGAUGAUCAGGAACAGAAUGUGGAGCCGUUAUUGAGCCCUAAAGAAACCGUCGUUGAAAAGGCAGACUUUGAUGUUGGGAUGAGUCCUAGCUUGCCCCAAGAAGAAAUUGUAAUUAGGCCAUCUGAAACUGCAGAAGCGUGCAACCUAUCCUUCAGCAGCAUGAAACAGGUGGCGGCACAUAGAGCGCUUAUUGAUACUGCAGCACCUUUUGAAUCUGUCAAAGAAGCUGUGACCAAAUUUGGGGGAAUUAUUGAUUGGAAGGCCCAUAAAACGCUGACAAUGGAGAGGCGCCAGAUUGUGGAGCUUGAGCUUGAGAAGGUACAGAAAGAAGUUCCUGAAUGCAAGAAGGAGCUGGAAAUUGCAGAAAAUGCGAAGGUCCAAGUGCUUCAGGAGCUAGACAGCACCAAGAGGCUCAUCGAACAACUAAAAGUUGAUCUGGAGAAAGCACAUACUGAAGAAGAACAAGCAAAGCAAGAUUCCAAGUUUGCUCAAAUGCGGGUUGAAGAAAUCAAGCAAGGGAUUGCAGAUGAAGCUAGUAUUGCUGCAAAAGCUCAACUGGAUGCUGCAAAAUCCAGACAUGAAGCUGCGCUUUCUGAGCUGAAGAUGGUGAAGGAUGAACUGGAUGUCCUUAAAAGUCAGUAUCUUAUCCUGCUGGAAGAGAAGGACAAAGCUGUUAAGAAAGCUGAAGAUGCAUUAUCUGCGUCAAAAGAACUAGAGAAGACAGUUGAGGACCUUACUUUGGAACUGAUGACCACGAAGGAAUCCUUAGAAUUGGCCCAUUCCUCACAUUUAGAAGCGGAAGAGCAGAGAGUUGCUGCUGCGUUGGCUAGAGAUCAAGAAAUCCUCAAGCAGGAGAGAGAAAUGAAGAUGGCAGAUGAAGAAAUACAGAGCCUCACCGAGCAGCUUUCAGCAUCUAACGAUCUGAAGGCAAAAUUAGAAACAGCAUCUUCCUUGCUGCUCAAUUUGAAGGCCGAAUUAGCAGCUUAUAUGGAAGCUAAACUGGAGUCGGAAACCUGUGAAAUUGAAGAAGAAAAAGUGCUGAGUACAGAGCUAGAAGAAGCUAAGCAGGCUCAGAGAGCCACACUUGCUGCAUUGUCUUCUACCACAACUGAGCUGGAAGAUGUCAAGGUUAAAAUUGAGAAGGCAAAAGAGGAAGUGAAAUGCCUCAGAGUUGCAGCUAUGUCACUCAAAGCAGAGUUGGAAAGGGAAAAAUCCGCAUUUGCCACUAUGAGACAAAGAGAAGGAAUAGCAAGUGUUACGGUCUCUGCCCUAGAAGCAGAACUCAGUAAGACAAGGUCAGAGAUUGAAGCAGCUCAAAUGAGGGAGAAAGAAGUAAGAGAGAGUAUGGUCGAACUUCCCAAAGCACUGCAACAAGCUGCUCAAGAAGCAGAUGAGGCUAAAUCAUUGGCACAGUCUGCACGGGAGGAUUUACACAGGGUGAAGGAAGAAGCGGAAUUCGCCAAAGCAGGUGCAAGCACCACGGAGAGCCGACUACAUGCAGCAUUGAAGGAGAUAGAGGCGGCCCAGGCUUCAGAGAAACUGGCUUUGGCUGCAAUCAAAGCACUUCAUGAAAGUGAAACAGCUUCAAGCAUGCCGGCCGAGAGCGAGCCUUCUGGGGUGACUCUUUCUCUUGAACAGUACUAUGAGCUCAGCAAGAAAGCACAUGAAGCUGAGGAGCUUGCCAAUGCAAGGGUGGCAGCUGCCAUAUCUGAAAUAGAUGCAGCCAAAGAGGCCGAGUCAAAAAGCUUGGAGAGAUUAGAGGCAGCAAGCCGUGAGUUGACAGCAAAGAGAGAGGCACUGCGGGUGGCAAAAGAGAAGGCUGAACGCGCGAAGGAAGGCAAAUUGGGGGUGGAACAGGAACUAAGGAAAUGGAGAGCAGAGCACGAGCAGAGAAGGAAAGCAAAGGAGUCAGCUUCUGGGGUAAUAAAUCCCAUUAGUAGCAGCCCAACUAGUGGUGCUGUUGAGGGGAAGGUCGUAAGCAAAUCCGAUGCUGAACAGGACUCCAAGGUUUUUGUACCGGAAACUGAUACGGAGAAUGCUUCCCCGGACACAGAUAUGAAAAAGAAGAAAAAGUCUCUGUUCCCCAAGAUUGUCAUGUUCAUGGGCAUGAAAAAGGGAGGCAAUUAAAGCUGCUUUGGCCUUGCAAGUAAAUUAUAUUUGUUCUGUUGUUACAAGACCUGCUUCAUUCUUCUCAUGGUGUAAAAUUAUGGUUCCUUGUUGAGGUGCAUAUAUGGUUCUGGUGAUUGGCGGAGGGGCAUCAGUCAUUGUUGAAGUGCAUCACAACAUAAAUUUGUGUACUACCUGUGAGCAAUAAGUGUCAGUCCAUAAAUUAUUCAUGGGAGUUUCCUGGUCAUAGUUUCUGUUGUAAAAGUUUAUACUGUAAAAUGAAUUAGCUUGUUGCAGUUUCAGGAUGUGAUACCUGCUAUAAUUAAUACCAUAUUCUUUACUGGA